UGACACUAUAUAUGAGAAAAUAAGUUGAUUUCCGAUUUUCGUUUUUAUAAUUCAGAAACGACAAACACGAAAAACGAUAAACAGACCUUUUUCGCUUUUCCAUUCUCCGUUUUGCCUCGGAAAUUAAAGUAACAAAACCUUCACGGACCCACCCCGAGCCCCGAUUGGUUGGUUUUUCGUAGGUUUCACUCAGAACUGCAAGACGCUGAUAUUGCGUUACCGUGUAGCAAAAUGGCGGCUGUCAUUCAGAACCCACUUAAAGCGUUGGGUGACCAGUUCUACAAGGAUGCCAUUGAGCAGUGCCGCAGCUACAAUGCCCGCCUGUGUGCUGAGCGCAGCGUGCGCCUGCCCUUCCUGGACUCCCAGACCGGCGUGGCACAGAACAACUGCUACAUCUGGAUGGAGCGCCACCACCGCAGCCCUGGGGUUGCUGCAGGUCAGAUGUAUACAUACCCCGCCCGCUGCUGGAGGAAGAAGAGGCGGCUGCACACCUCCAUGGACCCUCCGCUGCGCCUCUGUGGACUCCAGAUAGAUGGAGGACUCACAGGCAAGGAUGUGAUUCCCACACAGGGCACCACGCUAGAGGCUCUUCUCAGAGGGGAGGGCUUAGACCAGAGGAACAACUCAAAGGACGAGGAGAGUCUCCUAGAGAUCCAGGAGGAGAAAGGGAAGUCAGAUGUGUGGAAGACAUUUGACUUAGUUGUGGGAACUACUGCAUAUCAAGAAAAAGGAGUGUAUAGGAGCGAACGUUGUAGGGUCUUGGAGGCUGACGCAGCUGAAGAUGCUUACCAUGACGAUGAGGACUAUGACGUGGACACCCCCAAAAAAAGACACAGAGGAAAAAGCAGGGGUCGGAUUUCAGGCCGCAGGAGGACAGACAUGGAUGACCAGGACAAGCCAUAUAGCUGUGACAUCUGCGGAAAGCGUUACAUGCACCGUACAGGGCUGAGUUACCACUACACCCAUUCCCACCUGGCAGAGGAGAGGGGGUCCGAGUCCUCCCGGUCACUCUCCGCACAGCGCUCUGACCGACACAAACGUCAGAAGGGUCCAGGUAGUACUGCCAUUACCAAUAACUACUGUGACUCAUGCCGGUGCACCCCAGGCUCCAACAAGCAGAGGGGUAAAUCUGGGGAGAGGGGUCCCUGCUCAGUCUGCCGGCGCUCCACUGGCCGCCCAGAAGAGAAGGAGGACAGCAGGCCGUUUGCCGGGGCAGAGGAACUGUUUGGCACCACCUCGGAGAGCGACACGUCCACGUUUCACGGCUUUGAGGACGAUGAGCUUGAAGAGCCCUCGUCAAACGGCAAGGGGACAUCCAACCGAUACAGAUAGAGAAGAACUUUCUAGGUUUAAAGACUAUUUUUAAUAUGGAUAACCUCUGGCAAAAGUCUGCUGCUUCUUUUUAAAUGUUUUUAUUUAAAGUGAUUAUUUCAGGAGAGAAAUGCAAGAAGUGUUAUUUUGUUAUCUACUGAACCUUGUUUAAUAAUUUAUGAAUGUGUUUUUUACAUUAACUUUGAAUGCAACUGAAGGUGUCUCUAGACAAAUGACUUGCUCCCUAUGUGAAAUGGAAAGAAUUUCUUGGAUUACUUUUCCACUGGAGCGGAAAAGGCAAAUAUGUUAUGAAAAAAACACUGGAACAUGUGGAUAUAAUUAUGCUCUUUUUUGGGAUGUUUUGCCAGAGAAAAUAAAAUCCAAUAAUUUAUCUGAAAUUUAGUUAAAUGACAAUGUCUGGAUGAAGAAUGAAUGUCAACACAAACCCUUCCCUCGACUUGUUGAUGUCACUACCCAUGCAGUUUGGAAAGACUUCCACUGCUUCACCCUCUGGAUUAUAAUAAUGUGAAACUGGAGUGGCGUGAAGCAAAGGAUAGAUGUGGGUUAUAACAGAGGGCUAUACCAGAAGCAGGGCAUGGCUAGCUGAAAGGUAAGCACCUAGGUCCUAUUCAAACAUAGUACAGUACUUUCUCAUUUAAAUACAAGGUGUAUUCUUAUUCCAUCAGUUCAUGCCUUGCAUUUGCAUUCAACAAAGAUAAAAACUGUUGGUUUUAUGCCAGCUAUUUUGGAGUGUGUGACUCCACAAUCUGACCCAUUUGUCUCUUGUAGGAGUACCAUGGCAUGAGGACCCAGGGGGCUUUGCAGCCAGUGAGGGGUGAGGUUCAGGACCCUCAACUGGGCCUCCACACACCCCUUCACUGGGCCCAAAGACCCUAUUCGUCUGACAGUCAGCCACCAAACAGCCAUCCGUCCAACCGCUAUAAUGCCAGCCUGCCAGCGACCACAUAACCUAAUCCUCCCAAACUCAGAUAUUUUCUCUUUUUGAAGCAAUUUCCCCCCUGAGAAUGUAUUGUUUUUCUCCUGUGUUUUUGUCCUCUACGGCUUUGGCCACCAUGCCCAGCCGGCGGGAUCCAAUGUGACACUGAGACGUCAUUAACUUCAUCACUGUGCCAGCCUGCGACCCAGGCAAGAAACCAGCUCUGAUAGCCAUGAUGACCCAGUGACCUCACUGGAACCAACCUGAACUUUAACCUCUGCCCCUGUCAUAGCGGCGGUGCUGGACUUCCUCUGUCACAUAUACAACAAAACCUCUGGACUACUUAGACAUUCUCUUACUCUUUUUAAUGUCACUUGAGCGGGCCAAACAAAUCAAGAGCGUUCUUGAAUCCCUUUUGCCCUGAAGUUAGAAUCGUGCUAUGUUCCUUUGUUUUGAACACGAUAUUGACAGUUUGGGUUGUUAGUGUCAUUUUGGUGAGAGGUGGAUAUUUUAUUAUUCUGUUUGUUCGGGCUUUGUUUAUACCUCUGUCUUUCUACAAUACCUACUUCUACUCAGGCGUAUGAUUUGUACUGCUGUUGAUUGUUCUCUCUGCGUCAUGAUGCAUUCAUUGUCAGCCACUGUCUCCUGCCUGCCUUAUGUGAUUGUAUCCCUAUGGUUUAGUCAUCACAAUAACACGUUUCGUGAUCCCAGCUCUAACAAAUCCCAGUAUUCUGAACUGUGCCCAACCAAGUUCAUGGGCAUAUUACUCCAUAUUUUCUCCUUCCUCUGACUCACUUGUCAAAUGUUUUUGUCCAGAAUCACUUACAAGGCAUGUGUGCAUAAUGCAAGGAUAGUUGCUUAUAAUUGCAGAAGGAGUCUUUAAGCUGUAAAACAAUGUUAUUUUUGACAUUUUGCUUAAGUGCUAUAUAGCUACGUUUACACGGGCAGCCCAAUUCAGAUCUUCUACAUAUUGGUCUUUUGACCAAUCGCAUCAGAUAAUUUCCUAUCAGAUAUUUUGUGUCUUAAAUGUUGACUAGACACUCACUCACAUAAACGUUCUUAACACUGAAUUCCCUCAGGGACCCGUUCAUCCAGUUUUUAGGACUUCUAAUGGAGAAUUAUUUUGGUAUCAACAACAACCUCCCCAUCAAUUACUGUGUUUCCAUGGUUACCUCCAAAGGUCUUAAGUUAGUCAUAUUAAAUGACAACCUGGUUGCUAUUAUGGUCAUUGUUUUUCUCUCACUGGUGACGUCCUCGAACAAACAGCAUGAUACAGUAUACUUCCAACCAACACUUCAUGGAAGUCAGUGAUGUCUGGCUGUAUAGAAACAAGUGUCAUCACCACCAAUCAUGUACUAGUGCAUAGCUUGUAUACCUCAUCAAAGUGUCAGACACAGCAAUAACCCCAGAGCUCUUAGCAAGCCUUCCUGAGUUAGAAGGAAGCACAGGGGUCGGAAUUAGAGCCAAGAGAUGAAAUGGACUUGACCCGUCAUUUUAUCUCCAACUGUAAAUAACUCAAAUCGAGAGAAUUUAAGUCUUUGUUAAACUAUUUUUAUUGUAUUGAAAGAAAAUAAAGAAUGAGACGCUGCCCUCUCUGGA